AUGCUCCGCGACGCGGCUACGCUUCUUGCGCUUGCAUUAUGCAUCCUCACCUAUCGAACAACCCUAGUGGCGGCAAUUAGUACAACAUCCGUCGCUCCAAUUUCGAAUGAGCGGGCUGGCUGGGUGAUAACCACGGACAGUGCCAUGCCAGGCAAUGAGGCGACGCUUGUGCUGGACAAUAACGAGGGGACAUUCUGGCAUUCCGCGUGGUUUCCAGAUGCCCCUUUGCCCCACUGGCUCAACAUUGAUAUGGGCACCCAAUACCUCAUCAGCGGGUUCUCCUACACUCCACGUCAAGACGAGGAGACCAAUGGCAACAUUGGGAUGCAUUCGAUUGAGUACAGUGUUGACGGCAACAACUGGGCAACCGCGGCACAAGGCACGUGGGCCAACGAUAAUACCGCCAAACUGGUCAACUUCCAAGAAACGUUGUGCCGGUAUGUCCGGCUCACUGCCACUAGCGAGGCCGGCAAUCGUGGGCCAUGGAGCAGUGCAGCGGACAUUGCUAUUUCUUACGACGCAAGUUACAUCGCACCCGCACCACAAACCAGAGGCCAAUGGGGCCUGACUGUCAAUUUCCCGCUUGUUCCCGUCGCGGUCGGUCUGGUGUACGAUACUGGUGAGGUUUUGGCUUGGUCUUCUUGGAAUCCAUCGGGCUUUGGCGGUAGCCCGGGUGGUCAAACCGUCACUGCUACAUACAAUCCCUCCACCAGUCUUGUGUCAAAAGCUCUGAUCACCGACACCCAUCAUGACAUGUUCUGCCCUGGUAUCUCCCUCGACUUCAACGGUCGGAUGAUCAUCACUGGUGGCAAUGAUGCUCCGCGAACCAGUAUCUACAACCCACCAGGCCAUGGUUGGAUUUCUGGACCGGACAUGCAGAUCGCUCGUGGCUAUCAGUCCUCGGCGACCCUGUCCAACGGAUGGGUUUUCACCAUAGGUGGUUCGUGGUCUGGCGGUAUCUUCCAGAAGAAUGGUGAAUAUUACGAUCCAUCCGCCAACACCUGGAACAUGCUGAACGAUGCCGAUGUAACACCCAUGCUCACGAAUGAUGCCGGCGGACUGUACCGCUCCGACAACCACGCCUGGCUGUUCGGCUGGAAGAAUCAGGCGGUUUUCCACGCCGGGCCAAGCACGGCGAUGAACUGGUACACAACCACCGGCAGUGGCGGAGUUACCGGUGCCGGCAACCGUCUGGAUAGCGGAGAUGCCAUGUGCGGCAUGGCCGUCAUGUACGAUGCCGUUGCCGGCAAAAUCCUCACUAUGGGUGGGUCUCGGGACUAUGAGAACGCUCCGGCGGUGUCCAACACCUAUGUCGUUACCAUCGACAACGUCGGGACCCAAGCGCAAACCGAGCGGGUUGCCGACAUGAACUCCAAGCGCAUCUUCGCUAACGCGGUGGGGUUGCCCAAUGGCCAAGUGUUUGUCGUCGGCGGCCAGGACUAUGGUUCGGUAUUCAACGACGACUCGUCAAUCAUGUAUCCAGAACUGUACACGCCGUCAAGCCAGACAUGGACCGUCAUGGCCCCCAUGGCCGUGCCGCGCAACUACCAUAGUGUUGCGAUCCUCAUGCCCGAUGCCUCCGUCAUGGUCGGCGGCGGUGGCCUUUGCGACGGUUGCAGCAUGAACCACUACGAUGGGCAGCUGUUCAACCCUCCUUACCUAUUCACGUCCUCCGGCGCCAAAGCCACCCGCCCCGUCAUCGACUCUAUUUCAGCGGACAACGUCGCUCUCGGUGGCUCUCUGACCGUCACCAUGAACAGCGCCGUCACGACUUUCUCCAUCGUCCGUUUGGGUUCCGCCACCCACACGGUCAACACCGAUCAGCGGCGGAUUCCCCUCACUCCCAGUUCGGAUGGCGGCAAUACUUACAGCAUCACCAUUCCCAGUGACAGUGGUGUUGCUCUUCCUGGCUACUGGAUGUUAUUCGCCAUGGACGCAGCCGGUGUUCCCAGCAUUUCCAAGACGAUCAAGAUCUUCUAA